AUGUGCAAUGGGAACAUUGUUGGAUCUGGCAACGAUCACCUGACACCACAUAUCAUGCUUGAUAUUCUGGGUGCUGACCCGAACUUGGACCCUGAACCGCUCAGUUUUGUAUCGAUUGGUGAGGGCACCCAACAGCAUAAUAUGGCCAAAGUGUACUUGGGUCUGUACAAGUGUGCUGGACAUGUCGUGCCUUACCUUGUGGUCGUCAAGGUUGGGAAGCCAACAGAGAGGUCACAUCCUGGAAAUCAUGGAAAGUGUGAUUCACAGAUGGUGGUCAUGCAUUUCUUGAACAAGGUGCAUUACAAUACGCUGAUGAAUCCCCUUGAGCUCGAGAUGUAUCACCAGAUCAAGAACAUCAUUGGUGUCAACCAGACAUUUUAUGAAAUGAUUCAUGACAAGAAAGUCCUUGGCAUGUGCAGUGAAACAUCCCUUGCCAAUGCCAAACAGUCAAUUGUGAUGAUGAUGCAGGUGUAUGAGUACUUCAUCUCCCAUCACAUGGUGAAGGCAUUUGAGAGUCUGUUUGGCUCACUCACUUGCUUGCCUGGUUGUUUCACCUUGUUCCGUCUGUGCAUGCCAGGUACGCACAAUGUCUCCAACCAAAUUACCCAAGAUUAUUCCCAGAACCGUGUUGAUACCCUACACAUGAAGAACUUACUGCUUCUCAGAGAAGAUUGUUAUUUGACAACCCUAUUGCUCAAACACUUCCUGAUGUACAAGAUGCAAUUUAUCAGGGACACUCAUGCCAAGACAGUCGCUCCAGACGAUUGGAAGGUUCUGCUCUCACAACAUCAUCAUUGGAUCAACUCGACCAUUCAUAAUCUUGGUGAACUCAUGUUCCUGGAUCAGCUUUGUGGUUUCUGUUGCUUCUCCAUGUGUUUCAUUGUCAUGAUGGAUCUCAUAUCGAUGCUGAUUCAGCCCAUCACUGUCACAUAUGUAGGUUGA